AGCACUUUUUUUCCCUGAGAAAUUAUGCUUUUGAGCCUUGCCGAGACAAAGAGAUGAGAAUAAAUAUAUGAGAAUAGCAAUUCAUCCUCUUCCCUCAGUAAAUAUGGUUUAUGCAUCAUGUCCAGGACAAGACGCAGCAUCUCUCUACCCCCCCCUGCCAUUUUCACCCUAUCUUCUAAUUAGUCUAACGACCCUCACUUCCCCUCAGCCUCAGCCUCAUUGUCCCCAGCCAGGGCUGGAGCUGCUUUUGUGUGCUCAGAUUCCUGGGUCUGCUAUUGCCUUAUUAAUGCCCAGCGACUGGUGUCAUCUCCAGGGAGCUUUCCCUCUUCCCUAGGGGAGGGCCGGGGGCCACAUCACCCAGACAGCAUCUCCAAAGCCGACACCUCAUUCAUUCUUCCAGCCCCAGCCCAGAGACGAGCCCCCCUCCAUGGUGGUAUUCUUAGUGCUGGCUUUGUCUGGUCCAUGGGAUGUGCGUAGAUGCCUGUCCCUCCCCCCUACAAGCCAUAGGCACUAUAAGCCUCAGGGUGAGAGCUGCCCAGUCACUGGUGCCCAGCAUCUGCUCGACUCUCCGCACCCUCCGACUGCACAGCCUGACAUGCUCCUGGCUGUCCCUUACUCCAGAAGUCCUGGCACCAUGAAUCCAAACACUUCAAAGGCUCCGUGGGCCACAGUGACGCUGCUGUUCCUGCUGCUGGUACUCCCGGCCUUGCUCCCUGCCCGGGCAGCCGCCCAACCCAUGCCCAACUGCUGCCGACAGAAAACUUGCUCCUGUCGUCUCUACGACCUGCUACACGGAGCCGGCAACCACGCGGCCGGCAUCCUCACCCUGGGGAAACGGAGGGCAGGUCUAUCUGGGCUGCAGGGACGACUCCAGAGGCUCCUGCAAGCCAGUGGCAACCACGCCGCAGGCAUCCUCACUGUGGGACGCCGGGCUGGCGCAGGUGGAGAGCCCCUCCCCAGUCCCUCCGGAGCCCCGGGCUACAGCAGCUGCUCCCGGGUCCCUGGCACCUUGUCCUGCGUUGGGCAUCUGUGUACCGACAGCCCCGCAGCACAGGACCCUGGCCAGAGAUGGCAGGGGUCUUGAGUCGCUGAGGCGACAGUCUACCAAUAGCCACUCCCCCAGCAAUUGGGCUUUCAAAGCCCGGGGGCAACACCAGACUCCCCAGACUCUGGCUACUCAGUGACUCAGUUGUUUGGGCAGUGGCGAGGGCGGGG